AUGGAGACCAAGGAUACCACAGAGGGUAUAACCAAGUUUUUGAGAUCGAAAGAUCACUCAGUUGAAAUUAUUUUAUCAACUGCAUCAUCUUUGAUCAGAGAUGAGCUACAGGUAUAUUUUCCAGGAAAAACCAGAUUUGUAUUUGAAUUGCUAUGUGAUAGACUAAAUGACUUCUCUACGCCCCAAUUUAAGAGGUGGAAAUAUAAUACCCAAGCUUGGAGUCUUUUGGGCCAAGUCUGGCAAGAUCUAAGUAAAGACGAGGUGACUAGAAGCAUUAGAAAUAGGACGUUUAAGAAGGUAAAGCUCAUAGAUUUGUUCGUGGAUCUUUUCAAACAUAAUUCUCCAACAGACUUGAUUAAUGUGGCGUUUGAGGUAAUACAACAAAUAAUCAAGGAGAUCUAUAUCGAAAUGGAUAACGACCUCUCCAUAAGUUUAUUGUCAUCUUAUGCUCGAUAUAUUAAAUCUGCAAAAUUUACUGAUGAGUGGACAUCCAUAAUUGAAAGACUUUAUCUACUUCCGCAGUCGUCAGUAAAGUUUAAGCUAUCUAAAAAGUCAACAGCAAAGUUUUUCAGGGAAGCACUACCCUCUACAUUAAACUUUAUCACUUCUACUGAGAGCUGCAUGACAACUAAGAUUUUAAAUAAAAUAUUGAAACAAGUUGUACUCGACAAAGAAAACAUAUCCCACUUGGAAUCAAAUACUAAUCAAAUGCUUAACUCAACGAUAGAGACACCAUCACUAGAGUCGCUUCGUUAUUUAUUCUCAUUGAUUAUCAGCCAUUUAUCCAAUAAGGAUAUUUCUCUAUGUGAAAAAUUGUAUCAUUUACUAACAUCAAAAGAAAGCUUGCAUGAUUUGGCUGAGCCCUUACUUAAAACUUUGGCUGAUGCAAAUAUGCCAUUAUCCGGCGAUUUCUUUCUUUCGAUCUAUGACAAGCAAAUCAAUAUGCGGAAACCUAUAGAUGUCAAUUGGGCAUUGGUGAACUAUUUAAUUAAAGUAGGUGUUGAGAUGGCCAUUGAAAAAGCCGAGCAAAUUCUUACCAUAAUACCGGUAGAAGCUAUAGAAAGAGAUAUUGCAUUGAGCAUUGGUGAGUCAUUGGCUGAGGUAUAUAUUAACGCGAGAGAAGUACCGCAAUUCUUUCAUUUGAUCUGGCCAAAAGCUAUUGCUAAUAAUAAAAUUUGGUCCAGCGAAGAUUAUAUGAAUAUAAUUGCAUCUAAAAUAGACCGUUUGACAGAGCACGAACUUAAAAGUAUUUUAGAUAUUCCGCCAUUAGAGAAGAAAGCGGUUGCGACCUUGGUUAUUUCAGUAGUAAAAGGUUUACUUAAGAAUUCCUUUCAAAAACAAAAUGCCAUCAAAUCGCUUAUAUUGGACAAUAGUGCCCUCUUUAUUGAUACAGAUUGGAAGCUUUAUUACUACUUAUUAUGCAUAUAUGGUGACGAGUGCAUUUCUCGCCAAAACAUUGCAAAACAGCUAAAGAAUAAUCAUUCUGACAAUUAUUAUUAUUACUGUGUAUUGCGGUUUCUUGAAUUGACAGGAUCAAAGAAGGAAAUAGGUGAUUUUCAAUUUCAUUUCUUAGAGUUUCUUAAAGAAAAUCCCCAGGAGUAUGAAUUUAUAUUCAAGAGAUGGGUUAUUGUAAUUAAUAACUACUUUUCGAAAGAAGAAAUUCAGUGGCUAGUCGGGUCACUUUUUGAUCUCCUGAAACCUGAAGACCUCACGGAUCUCUUUCAUGAAUCUAACUCUAUCAUUUUUGAACAGGAUAUGAUAACUGAUGCUGUACUUCUUGAAGUUUCAAAACGAGUUAACUUGGAUCCUAAAUCACUUUCGCUUCUACAUCUUAUUCCAAUACAAUGCUUUGGAAAGAGAAUUAAGAAGAAGUUAAUCGAGCAAGUGUAUUUGAUGGCGCUUGAUCCAGAGUCUGAGGCCUCCCAGGAUGCUGCAAUAAAUUCACUAGGUCAUCAUUUGUCUCAGCCCUCAUUCACUUCUUCGAUCGAAACGAACUUCAUUAAUACAUUAAAACUCGUUAAUAAUACACGAAAUGAUUUGAAAGAUAAAUCAUUAAAGAUAUUUCGAACUAUUUGGCAAAAUCAUUUACAUCAUUACGGCCUUGCUGAAAAUCAAGGUUACAUCACUUCAUCAUUUAAGAUUUUGUGGAAAUAUUAUGAUACGGUGUCUGAGUCACAAUUUUCAGCAGAGCUUGGUAUGUCCCUUGAAAUAUUACAGUUAGGUUAUGAAUUUGGUUCAACUGACGACAGCUAUGCUUUGCAAUACAAGGAGCUUGGUGAAAAGUUUGUCAAGGUUGUUGUCAAUUCAUUAGUAGAAAUAACAUCAAAUAAUAGACAAGAGGAUUAUGUUUUCAUAGAGUGGUUGUUGAAUACGCUUUAUGAAUUAAAAGAUCACAAUUCUACUAUUUCUUCGGAUGUCUUGAGGUCCUCCAAAUCACUUGGAUUAAACUUGUCGGUAUCCAAGGAUUCACCGGAACUAAAUUCCUUAAGAAAAGCCGUAUUUGGUGCUCUUUCAAAAUUCAUGUAUCCAACAUUUGAUAAUUCCGUUUACUUGUUGGCUUUAUUCAUAUCAUUGGAGAAAUACUAUACUGACAAUAAAGAUGUCUUGAAAGAUUUUCUUUCCAGGCUAUCUUCUUUGAGGAGUGACGAAUAUUUUGAAACCUACGACUUCUUAUUGUAUUCCUUAAGGGAAGCGAAUACGGAGGACAUCAAUACCUUAAUCACAGUUCUUAACGCCAUUAUUCUUUGUCUUCCUAAAGAUUAUACCGAGAACAGUAUAUCUAACUUCGUUGAAUCGUUGACAGUAUUACUGUUGAAGGCUGAUUUUCUUAAUGAAAAAUCAAGAAUUUCUAUUAUAUUUACCUUAACAAAGCUACUUACUGAAAAGACGUGGCUAUUUACGCAAUAUGCCUUGGAGAGUACAAUUGGUCUAUUAACGAAAUUUACAUCUAUGUUAAAUGAUGGAUGUUCUCUUCAGCUCAAAUCAGAAACAUAUAAACAAAUUACCAAAGCAACUUCUUCAGUACUCUUGUUUCAUAGAUUCAAGUUAUCUUCUAGAAAUCAUAUACUCAUCAAAUUGUGUGCUGUUUUGCUUGAAGUUCUUUCAUUAAAAUCUGGUGAUACUACUAUUUCAAGGGACGUCGAGUGUGCUAGUGCAUAUUCCCGUUUGCUCACUAAUAUCUGUGAACCUUCAAAAUUGGGGAGAGAAAGCCUUUCGAAUGCUUUAAAUUCGACUUCUGCAGCUAUCAGAAGAACUUUAAGAAAACAUUUACAUGUAUUAUUACUAAACUUCAUUUAUUACAGCUUGAAUUACAAUUUUGACCAAAAGGUAAUCAAAAUUGUCACAAGUGGUAUAUACAGUGUGCUUGAUGUUCUUUCAGCAAAAGAGUUGAAUCUAUUGAAUGCGUCGUUAGAUGGUCCCGGUAGGAUUUACUUUAAGACCUUAUAUUCUGAGUACAAGUCCUUUGGAAAAUGGAAAGACGAUUAA